AUUUUAACAAAGCACCACAUCCUUUGUUAUAUAACUUUUCCAAUUUUUCAGUUUGAAUAAACCAUUUAAAUUAAAACAUGGAGCAGAAGAAUGAAAACUCAACUGAUUUUAUCCUCCUGGGACUCUUUCCCUGGUUCAGUUAUCCCUACCUCCUCAUCCUCCUCCUCCUUUUUAUUUACAUUAUUGCCUUUACUGGAAACUCCAUACUAAUCCUCCUCAUCUGGCUGGACUCCUGCCUCCAUACCCCCAUGUACUUCCUGCUCAGUCAGCUGUCCCUCAUUGACUUGACUUACAUCUCCAGCACAGUCCCCAAGGUGGUUACCAACUAUUUCACAGAGAGGAAGAACAUUUCCUAUUUCGCCUGUGCCACUCAGCUCUUUUUCUUUCUCACCCUUGGUCUUGCUGAGUGCAUCUUGCUGACCCUAAUGGCCUAUGACCGCUGUGUGGCUGUGUGUAACCCCCUGAGAUACACAAUUCUCAUGAAUCCCAAGGUCUGUAAGCAGAUGGCUGCUGCAGCCUGGAUUGGAGGGUCCCUUGCAGCCCUUAUACACACCAUCUACCCAAUGAAUUUCCCUACCUGUGGUUCCAGGGAAAUUAAUCAUUACUUUUGUGAGAUGCCUGCCAUCCUGAGGUUGUCUUGUGUGGAUAUAUCAGUCUAUGAAAUGGUAAAAUUUGUAUCAACAAUUGUGUUUCUCCUCGUCCCAUUUUUUCUUAUUCUGGUCUCCUACACUCUCAUCUUCCUCACUGUUCUGAAGAUGAAUUCUUGGAAAGGAAGUAACAAAGCACUUUCCACCUGCUUCUCCCACCUGACAGUAGUGAGUCUCUACUUUGGUCAAGCCAUCUUCAUUUACAUGACACCCAGUUCUCACACACUUGAACAAGAUCAGAUUGCAGCUGUACUUGGCACCAUAGUGACCCCCAUGCUAAAUCCCCUCAUCUACAGCUUAAGGAACAAAGAAGUGGUGGGGGCCCUGAGGAAGUGCAUGGGAAGAUGUGGCAAUUGA